CAUAAUCUUCCCGUCAAGCUGUAUACGAAAUAGCAGUGCAAAAGACGGGAUGAGUUGAUCCUGACACUGAUGAAUGACGAAAUGAAAGCAGAAUUCUCAAACUUGGUGAAGUUUGUGAAGUCAUCCAGUAAUAGCCUAGACUUGAAGUCAUCUGAGGAACAGAUCACCAAGUCUAAAAGUGAACAGUUUUUGUCUGGCAAUGAUGCAGUACAGAUUUAUAAGGAUAUUAUAUCAAGUCAUUCAAGUAAAUCAAAAGGCAUUCAGAACAGCAGCAUUGGUAAGGAUCACACACCAGUAGAACAGGUACAAUUAAAGCAUCAGAAUAGAGGACAUCAAUUUUCCAAACAUCCUGGUAGGCCAUCUACCCAAUGCUGUUUAAAUGUACAAACAUUACUGACAUGUUCCCAGAAUGGAGACCUAGCAAAAGUCAAGGAAUGUUUGACCAAUGAUGUAGACAUUGAUAGUCAGGAUCAAUUUGGAUGGACAGCUCUCAUGUGUGCAGCAUGUAGUGGACAGAGUUUAGUAGUAAAACAUCUUCUGGCCAAUGGUGCUAAUAAACACCUUACUGCAACAGGCGAAAAAACAGCCGCUUCGAUUGCCUCUGAUGCAGGUCACUGUGAUGUAAUGAGAUUUAUAUCAGAAUUUGAUCCAAAUAAACCUGAAGUGAUUGAAGAAAGAACACAGUCAUCUCCCAGGGGUAUACAGGUGGCACAGCCAUUUUACUGUGAUGUUUGUAAACAGGACAUAAAAGAGACUUCACAAAUAAAUCAUCAAGCAUCAACUGUACAUUUGUUUAACAUGAAAAUGAAGGCAAGCCCACAUAGUUUUUUAGAACAUUCUAAAAACAAAGGGUAUCAAAUUAUGAGACGAACUGGGUGGGAUGGUGAGAAAGGUUUGGGGUCAGAAGGUCAAGGGCUGAAAUUCCCAAUAAAGACAGUGUUAAGAAAAGACAGAGCUUGCUUAGGAUCUGACACAUCUAAAGAAAAAGCAAAGAUUACACAUUUUGGUCCUAGAGACAUCAGUGCUGUGAAGAGGAAUGUCAGUGUUAGUGAAAGAAAAAUGUCUGCUAGAACUUUAAGCAAAAGAGCACGGAAAGCAAAGGAGAGGAAGGAAAAACAAUGGGAAAAGAACUUAAGACAACAGUUUAAUUUGAAUUAAUAAUUGUUUUUGAAAUUGAAAUAAUUGUCAGGAGUGUUUUUGAAUCAAAACAUAAAUCGUAUUUUAUUGAUUUUUUAAAUAUCUUAUGUUUAUUUAUUCAAUCAUAAAUUAAACAGAACACCCAAAAGUUUAUAUAUAUAUUUUUUUUAAUGUAUACAUGUACAUGUAUUAAGUGUUGUUGUAUAUGAUACAAAAAUAUUACACAAAGUCCUUGCUAUCUAUAAUUGGUUUUUGUUUUUAAUCUACUUUUUUAAUGUGAAUUAAAUGUAUAAAAUCUGUGAUUUCCUACGCACUGAAUAUAUAUACAUUUGCAUUUUGCAGGUGUGGAAUAAAUGACAAAAGCAUUGUGCUACAUAUAGAAAUUUUUAUUUACCUUAUUUUAUUUUCAACAUCGCAUACUUGUUUUCUGUACCCCUUGAAUAUUCCAUGGCAAAAUUGAAGGUUCAAUGAAUUGUAUUUUUGCUUCAUGUUAAAUUUGCCUUGCUCCAGUUGUUCAUAUCCCCAGGUUGAUCAUCUUUCAGUUUUGGCUUGUCUAAGGGGAGGCAACCUCAUUUUUUUACAAUACCAUACAAUAUUCUAAUAAUUCUGUUCACAUUAAAUUGAUGAAAUUUGAAAGAAUGAUCAGAGGCAGUUUGAAAGACUUGCUCACUUCAGAUUUUUCUGAUUUAAAAUACACUUUUAGUAUUAGUUUCCAGAGUUAUCAGAAGCAGAGUCAUAUGUAAUUAUCCCCAAUGAAACAUAUCGCAAGAAAGAUUAAUGUAGGCUUCAUCAUCGGUCCUUUCUUGGCUUAAACUUGAAAAUUUUUUAACAUAUCUGGCUCAACUUUUAUAUACAUAUAAGGCUAUAGUGCCUUAGGCUUGCCUUUUAUAAUAGACAUGAUACCCCUUUCGGUAUAAUCUUUGUUAGCAUGGAAAUAAAUAGAGAAAUCCAAAAUUGACAGUUUGCAAGCUUUUCUCAGCCUGCAACCUGUAAAACUAUUGUGUAGAUUUCUACACAUGUUAAAGACACAGAGAAAGUGCAUCAAAAGAUUUACUAACUAUAUGGUUGAUAUGUAUAUAGGUCUGUUUGGAGGGUCAUACCAACAACAUGUGAUAAUGUCUUACUUUUCAGCUCCUUGUUAUAACUGUCUGUUUUUUGACAACAUAAUUCAAAAAUAGAUUACUAUUUGAA